AUGCCCGCUGCGGGCUUACUCACCAUUAAUUCCCUUCGCUCUGCUCCUGCUCGCGGCGAGGCCCCGAGGCAGAGCUGCCCCUCACUCCUUUUCGGAAGAGGUUUUAAAGCAAAGCCGCUGCUAAAGCUGUGCCUGGCCCGUCUCAGUGCCGCCUCCCACCUGCGCCGCCCGGCGCCUCCCUCCCUCGGCCCCGCCGUGAAGCUGCACUUCAGCAUCGCCGCCGCCGAGGGGCUGGGGAGAGGGGCGGGAUCCGCUGCGAGCGCGGAGGGGGCGGGCGGCGGAUCCGGAGGGUCCGGGCGCGGAUCUGGCGGCGUUGUGCUCGCAGGGAUAGUCUGUGUUCCUGGAGGGAUUCCUGCUCGAAAGGCGCGGCACAGCCAGCUCCGCCGCCGGGACGUGCAGAUGAGGGCACCCCAAAAGCCGCGGUGGGGGCAGCCUGCCGUCCGAUCCCGCAACCACGCUGAGUUGUGGAGCAGGAGGGGCUCUCCUGGCCCCCAGGAUCCUAGUGUGGGAUGGGGACAGCCACUUGUUUCGCCCCAAUCCGUGUUGUUGAAGCCGUCUUUCAUGCUAACACCACCACGGGAAGGAUGCAUCUGCUCUCCCACCUGGCCCUUGCACCUGCCUGAUUCUCCGAUGCUGUCCUGUCAGAGGGACAGAGCGCUCCUUGUGGGGAACCUAUAUUUGCAGGGUGAAAUCCAGCAGCAACUGAGAGACAAAUCCAAAAAACAAGCCAAGGGAUGUGCCAGAAGGCUCAGGCAGUGUCGUGCCUGCUUUCCCUCCAUAGCAAUGACCAAGUCAGUGACAGAUGAGAGACAGUCUCACCUGGAGCAGUACCUUCAGAAUGUUACUUUGGACUCAAAUAUUACCAAUAAUGACAUCUUCACAGAUUUUUUUCGAAAGCUACAGCAGGAUACAUUUAAGAUCCAAACCCAGAGAGCCUUUUUGGAUUUUUACCUUGCUGAUGACAGCAAUAUUUGACUUGAUAUCCAGACACUGGACAUUGCAGAAGGAAUAUUGGAGGUAACACUGUGCAAGAUGUCAAGUGAAUUAAUAAAGUAUUUUAGCUUAUUUUUUUUCAGGAUCAUGAUGACAAUUUCACCAAAUAUCUCACCAAAAGUGGAGGACUUCGAUCUUCCUUAUGUGAGUCUUCAGAGCAUGAAGGACUUGCACUGCAAGCUUGAGAUCAGAAAGUGGUAUGUAGAUCCUUCUCUUGAUAUACUGCUUAUGGACUGUAGAGCUUCACUGAACUUGCUAUAUAUGCAGGCAAUCCAGGAAGUUGAGAGGAAUUGGGUUAAACCCACAGAAGAGCAGAUGUAGGAACUUGAAUUUCCACAAAAAAAUGCAAACAAAGUAAAGGUUUCUGUAUUUUUGAUGCAAUUCCUGGAGCAGAUUUGAGAAAAAAUGCAGUUCUAUGGAUACAUACAGCUUGAUCCUUGUAUUUGUGACUAUCCAGAAGAAGGCUGCUCAGGUGACAUCCAUGUUGGCAAUGAUAAGAUUAACUGCUGCAUAACACUGCCUACUAACCAAAUCAAAGAGGUCAGCUUUAAAAUCAACAGAUUAAGAAGUUGGCAGGUUACUUUUUGUGAUGGCGAAGAAGACACACUGAAGCCUAGAUUUGAGUACAAUGACUCAGGCACAUGGCAGUGGAUAAUUUUGUACACAAAACAGCCCUUUGCGCUCAGUAGCUGCUUGAAGAAAAUGGUAUCAGAACAGAUGAUGAAGGCAGCCAAAGGCCAAGAAAUGAUCAAGAUGCCUGAAUCAAUGAAAAAUAGAAAUAAGAAAUUCAGCAUCCAACAAAAGCAGGUAGUUCAUUCGGGUUUUAUAUCAAGGAAAAGAUUUUUGGUUAGGCCAAAUGAAGGAGACUGUGUAUUUGGGAAAAUAAGAGAAGAAGACCUGUGAUAAUUUAUUUUAGAUACUGUCUUUCAAAAUGAGUUGUCUGGAAAUAAUAAACCCACUGCUGAAGAAUUGAAUUAAAAGGCAAC